GUUUGUGUUGUGGUGGGACAAAAUGCCAAUAAUAAUGCCACGAUCAAUAUCGGACGCGAAAAGUGAGGGAGUCAUCAGCUUUACCGCGAUGGACUUUAGGUUGGAUACCUUUUGGAGGUGACCUUCACGCAAGCACUCGUAAAAUCUACCCACUAUUUACCUUCCCAUAUGUGCAGUGUAAUACGACGAAAGUCUGACCCAAACCGGCUUUUGCAUUAGAGUUUGUUUGUUUGCUUUAAGCUGACCGGGUGUGUUGUGCAGAGUGACUUAAACGGAAACGCCCUGAAGAAAACGAGAAACCCGCUUUUAGUUUCGAGCGUAUUGGCGCUCGGAAAGGAUCAUGUGUUUCCAGUUGACGACGCCUGAUCCUGGUCAACAACAUUAGCAACGACAACAACAACAACAUCAGCGAAGUGUUCAAUUUCCAUCCGAUUCCGCGCAGUCUGCGUUUGUCGUUGGACCGGUUCGGAGUUCAAUUCCAUUGGAUUGAGUGGCGUUUUUUUAGUGAGGUGUGCGCUGUUUUUUUACCACCGACUACAGUGACUAAUUACGUAAUAGUGAAUGAAUUUCACGGUCCGUUUUAAGCCGGAAAAUAUCACAGCGGUGCAUAAUUGAUAACCUAGGCCAGCUAAACAAAAACAGAAAGGAAACAGUGAAGUUGGAGCGCCGUUGAAUUAUAAUCAAAGUGAAGUGGCAAAGCAAAAAUGCGAGAAAAUUUCUUCCUGUUGGCGGGGUUGGCCUGUGCCCUCGUGUUUUUGGUGCAAGUCGUGAGGACGGAUCUACACAUCAAUGAGCCGGAUUACGAGGACGAAGGCUUUUGGAUUGGCCACGGUCUGGGAAAUAGGAAGGACGGUGACGAGAUCCUGAAAGUAAUGUACAAAUCAGUCGGCCCUUUCAACGAACCCCAGAACGUAACCGUGAUAGAGAAAUUCACAGCCAGCGAAGGCGACAGCAUCACAUUCACUCAGUUCAACUCCUCCAAGGUACUCACUUACUUCCGGGAGGUGGUUUUCGACUUCAACCCUAAAAACUUCUACAUCAAACUGAAUUUGUACAACAUCACCAAUCUGCGGUUACAACGGACGGUGUACGGGCUUCGAUCGGGAAAUUCCCUAAAACGAAGAAAUGCCCUGUAGAAAUCGAUGACCCCAUAAGGGAAAAAAUCUGUAAAUUAAUAUCGUUAUUUUAGCUUUAAGUCGAAUGAAUGUAUUUAGUAGCCAAUAGAGCAAUACAACGAACGUUUAGUCAAUAAGAAGUAUUACCACAUGGAACAUUUCGAAAGCGAAACACUCCGUUAGACUUUAAAUACCAAAAAUCAACAAGCUCGAUGCAGCUGCAAUCGGUUUUGUUUGCAAUACGUAUUUCAUGUGUUGAUUAUGAUGAUGUGUUGAUUGUCCCGACUACAUGCAGAUGUGGUGCUUCGAUAACCAAUUGUACAAAUAAAUGCUCAUUUUCUUUUAUUUAGUUAUGUCAUACAGAGUAUAUGUAGUAAACAUACCUCACUGUCAAACAAUUUGAGCCACCUCCCGUGUUAUCGAUAGUCGCUAAUUGAUACUGCCAAUUUAUUUGUAAUGUUAUGUGUGCUAUAAAGUGGAGAUGAAAAUAAUAAUACUCAAAAUUGAAGGAUGGAAAACUGGUGAGCCACAAAUCCCACUGAAACUUGCUAUUAAUAAACCCUUGUGAAGAAAACGAUUGAUUAUUGUUAAAAUAAAGAUAUUUUUGCUAA